ACUUUAACCGCAGAGGGAAAACUCAAAGGAAGGGAAAUGAGACGAUCACAGUGUCUCUAAAACCCUCAUUUCUCCUCCACUUAGGGUUUAUACACUCUCUCCACCGCCAUGAGCCUCCUCCGCCUCUUUCUCCGCGGCUCCGUCCGCCGGUAUUCCUCCAAUCAUUCCCCCCUGCCCAAUAUUACCCCAAAUCAGCUCUCCUCGGCCGCCGACCACUCCCAGCCCCAAUCACCGACAAAUUCCCCAUCUACCCCCUACAUCUCGCAACGCUCCUAUGGAUUCUCCUCCGCAGAGGAAGCCGCCGCCGAGCGCCGCCGCCGCAAGCGCAGACUCCGGAUCGAGCCUCCUCUUUACGCCCUCCGCCCCAACCCUCAAACCCCUCCUCCCGGCGCCGCUAAUAGCGCCGACAGAGCCCGCCUCCCCGAUUCGACGUCAGUUCUAGUCGGCCCCCGCCUCAACCUCCACAACCGCGUUCAGUCUCUCAUUCGCGCCGGCGACAUCGACACCGCCUCCUACGUCUGCCGCCAAUCUGUUUUCCAGCGCGUCCGCCCCACUGUCUUCACUUGCAACGCCGUUGUUGCAGCGAUGUACCGCGCCGAGCGCUACGAUGAUGCCAAAGCCCUGUUUCACUACUUCUUCCGCCAAUCGAGUAUUGUACCCAACAUUGUUUCGUAUAAUAACCUCAUUGUGUCUCACUGUGCGUCGAAAGAUAUUGAGGCGGCGCUGGAAGUCUAUAAAGAGAUUCUGGACACUGCUCCCUUUUGCCCGUCGCCUGUAACCUAUCGCCACCUGACAAAGGGGCUCAUGGACGCUGGUCGGGUUGAUGAAGCCGUGGCUUACCUUCGUGAGAUGCUGCACAAGGGCCAUGGUGCGGACUCUUUGGUUUAUAACAAUGUGAUUCUUGGUUUCUUGAAUUUGGGAAACUUAGAUAAGGCUAAUGAGUACUUUGAUGAGUUGAAGGAGCGGUGCACCGUGUAUGAUGGGGUGGUGAAUGCUACAUUCAUGGAGUGGUUCUUUAACCAGGGAAAGGGGAAGGAGGCAAUGGAGUCUUUUAGGGAUUUAAUGUCUAGGGAGUAUAAGAUGGUGCCUGCUACAAGGAAUGCGUUGUUGGAGACGCUAUUGAAGCAUGGGAAAAAGAAAGAAGCAUGGGAUUUGUUUGAGGGCAUGUUGGAUGAUCACACGCCGCCUACCUUCCAAGCAGUGAAUUCAGACUCUAUCAGUAUGAUGGUUAAUGAAUGCUUUAAGGAAGGGAAUAUCGAAGAGGCGAUGCAUGUUUUCAAGAGGUCAGGUAAGGGACCCAAGUCGAAGCCUUUUUAUAUGGAUGUGGCUGGCUAUAACAAUAUGAUUACGAGGUUUUGUGAGCUUGAGAUGUUGGAUGAAGCGGAACAGUACUAUAAGCAGUUGUUGGACAAGUCAUUAGUCCCUGAUGUUAACACAUUUAGGACGUUGAUUGAUGCAUACAUCAAGCUAGACAAUGUCGAGAAAGUGAUUCAGAAGUACUCGGAGAUGGCUGAGUUGGGUAUUAGGGUUAUCCCUCCUUACGCUAAUAAGUGGUUUGCCUUGAUGAUCGAGAAGGGAAAAGCUUCUGAUUGUUUGCCAAUUCUGUCAAAAAUGACUGAUAGAGAACCAAAACCCGAUGUCAUGACCUAUGACAUUGUGAUAAGGGGCCUUAUUCUGGAAGGUCAUUUUGAUGCCACUGCCAAUCUGGUAAGAGAGAUGAUGACUCAGGGAAUUGGAACUACGUCUUCGCUUAAGGAAUUCGUCUUGGGUGUUUUUGAUGGACUAGGUCGCCGGGUGGAAAUUGAGAAUGUUUUCAACAUCACACAUCAGACUUCUGCAAAUCAGGAUACUCAACAGACUUCUGUGAAUCAGAAUACACAGCGACAGAGUUAUGGAAAUCAGCAUACACAACAGGGUUAUGCAAAUCGAUUUACACAGCAGGGAAGUCAGUCUCAAACGAUGCAGGAGAUGGCACAUUCACAUCCAAGGCGAGAGCAGGAAGUUGAGUACCGCUAUGGGGCAGGUAGAAAUGGAGUUUAACUCAAAGGUGGCUGAUUGGAUUCAAUUCGAUUGUUUUCAAGUAUUGAAAGAACUCAUGUAUCUCAGACUUGAAUGGAGGGGGGGCCCUUCUGUUUCUGUUAUCAACAGCGGGAAGACACAACUGUGGGUUGCAGGUUUGUUUUGAUACUAUAUUCUGAUGUGUUGGCUUCUUUUCUUAUUAGGUGGUAGUGAAAACCAUGUAUGCAGCAAAUAAAGAUGAGCUUCUCAACUUGUAAUGAUUAGUUGACCAAGUUGUAUUUAUUUGAAAUACAGAACAUAAAUGAACAAAAAACUUAUUCGGCUUCUCCUAGAGAUCAACUGGUAUUUUUUCUGUAAAUUAUGUUUUCAUCAGAUUAGAAUCUUCUGAAUCUUGAUCGGGU